GUUUGCCGAACUAACCUCCCUCCGGGGCCUUCUAUAGAGAGAAAUCUAGAACCUCUCCCUCCUUUCUUCUUCUUCUUCCUUUUGAGACUUAUUCAAAUUUCUCUUUUGACUUUCAAUUUCUCAAAGAAAAACAAUGGUGACCACAUCGUCUCGUACCAAGUCAAACGGCCCUGUUCUUCGUUCCCAAUCUCCGUCGGGUCGGUUUUGCGGUGCUUACUCUAAAGCCGUUCCGUCGUCUUCUUCCUCAGCGUUCGCUUCGUCUACGAGCUCUAGCUUCUCAUCGCCGUCUUCAGCUUUCUUCAGCAACCACCGUAAUCACCACGACAAUCACAGUCAUCACCGAUCAGCGUCGCCGACUCGUGUGAAUCUAUACACGGCGCAGCCGAUGGCGCAGUCGUUUCGGUAUUCUCUCGACAGCAGAUCCAUCUCGCCUACGAACCGAUCCAUCUCCGUUUCGAAGAAACAGCAGCCGAGCAGUCACAAGAUCUCUGAGACGAGAAGAAGGUGUAUGUGUUCUCCGACGACGCAUCCUGGAUCUUUCCGAUGUAGUCUCCACAAGAACGUCGCGAAUCCACACGGUCAAGGUGCGGCUUCGUAUCCGACCAACAGUUUGAAUAUGCGCCGAUCUGCGAUGACGAAUUCUCUGGUGAGAAUCGGCGGCGUCGAAGGAGAGUGGGUGAGAAGAGCCUUGACGACUCUGAUUCGACCUUCUUCGCACCAUCUGAAAAGACGAGCUGCGUAUCAGCCUCGUCCUAGUAGGCUCUCGAUCAUGUCGAAAGCCGAUGAUAAUUGAUCGGAUCUGAUUUCAGAUUUCAGGUUUGUUCUUAUCCCUAAAACCACCACAGGAUAGAUCCGGCGUAGAAGUGUUGCUCUGAAGCUACCGGAAACUCGAAUCUGACUGCGGAUAAGUCAAAGCUUGGCGGCGAGAUCUGCGGCGAUUGUGGCUGAGAAUCAACCUGGAAAUCGAGUUUUGUAAAAGAAGAUCGAAAGAAAGAAACACACCAUCAUAAUUUUUUUGUUGUUGGGUGAAGAAAAGAUGCGAAACGCAUUGUACAUACUCAUUUUACUGUUUUCAUGGU